AUGGCCAUCUUGGAUUACAGCAAGGACACAAGCAAGUCCAUCACCAUCCGCUUUCACAGCCAGGAACAUGGGCCAGAGGGGCAACCCCUGUACUAUCAUACCCCAGAGGAGCCAGCAGUCAUCAGGGGAUAUGUCGAGUUCACGACCAUCAAGGAGACAAAGGCGAGCGACAUUACUCUGACCUUUGAGGCACGAGCAGAAUCCAAAUGGUCAGAGGAACAUGGAGGAUCACACAUCUCAUUCCACCACAUAACUCGCCUGCAGGAACAAACAUGGGACGUCAAACUGAACCGCACCAACAAAACCAUCACUCCAGGAGUCACACGCUACGAAUUCGAGGUUCAACUCGAUCCAGAUCUGCCACCAACCAUCGAGGGCAGGAGGGGAUGGUUCCAUUACCGGUUCAAGGCCCACAUGCAGAGGGAUUUCCCGUUCCGCAACAUGGCGGUCAAGCAGUUGGUCUGGGUCUACAGUUCGUCACUUCGAGAACUGGAGGAGCAUGUGCCAAAAGUGUACAAGUUGGUGUGGAAUGAUAUCCUCCCUGUGACGUGCACACUCCCCUCUGACGUCCUCUACCAGGGCCAAGUCGUGCCCUUGACCAUCCGGAUUGACCCUUUCCUCGAGAACAGCAUUCACAAGGACCAGGAUCUUAUCAUCACAAGUGCAGUGGUAAAAUUGAAGGAGUACACGGUUCUGAGGGAACCACGGAUGCUGGACAAGAAGCGGGGGGAGAAGAAAGUCGUGUUUGUGUUACCCGUCAUGGAAGGAUGGCCAGUGACGAGUCAAGGGUUUGAGAGGACUGUGCUAGCAGAGUUGCCUGGAGCGAGAGAUUUGGCGGCGAGCAUUGAGACUGUUCCUGUGACAAAGGCGCAUUUGUUGAAGCUUAUUAUGAUGGUUCGGGUUGGGAGUAUGGGCGAAGAGGCCAGGGAGCUCCGUGUCGAGAUGGGUGUGAGGAUCACGUCGCCGCGUCCAGAACACAUCAGGGGUACUGUACCAGAGUAUCCAGCCCUCCCUCCACCAUACCAAGCGAGUAGCAGCGACGAUGAUGAUACUAUGCCGCCAGAGUUCAGUCGAUCGGACACCGCUCAAUCUCAGUUCCAGCCCGAUGUCAAGGAUGCUGGUAGUCCCUGA